CCGUCAGUUCCAGGAAAAAUUUAGACCUUAUUGAAAUAAAUUAAUAAUCCCUUUUUCCACUAGUGGUGAAUGGCACUGGCCAUAGACGUCGCCGAGUCACCUGAGAUGCGCAUCCAACGGCUGAUAUCUGAGAAUCCUGUGAUCAUCUUCAGCCGCUCGUCUUGCUGCAUGUGCCACGCAAUGAAAAAGCUGCUCUUCACAGUCGGCGUCCAUCCCACUGUCAUCGAACUGGACGAGGACGAAAUCACCGCUGUUAAUAACGGCGGCGCGGCGCUUCCUACCUUGUACAUAGGCGGCACAAGCGUCGGUGGGCUGGAAAAUCUUGUGGCACUUCAUUUGAGCGGCCAUCUUGAGCCUAAACUUAAAGAAGUUGGCGCUCUUAGUCUUUCAGAUACGGCAAUUAAAAUGAUUAAUGUUAAUUAAUUGAUAUUAAUUUGUGAUUAUUAUCUUAAUUUUGUUUGGAAAAAGUAAUAACCUUGUAAAAUUAGUAAUUUCUUAGCGUGGUAAUUCUUAUUAUUAGGAUAUGAUUAAGCUUAUAAAUUGUGUAUUCUAUGUGAUUUUAUCAAGAAAUAUUAAUUGCAAUCA